CUGAUUGGCGAAAAAGUUUUGAAUAAACUUCAUUUUACUUCAUUUGAAACACCAGGUUUUGCUUUUUAACAUCUUAAAAUGUCGGAUUUUCGUUACAGCCGUAAUCAAACAUACCGCCCAGACUAUGGUAGAGAUAAUCGUGAACGUGAAUACCGUGAAGACAACAGAUAUUAUCGACGUCGUAGGUCUCGUAGUAGAUCACGUAGUGUAGAUCGUUAUAGGGCAGUUGGCGGAAUAAAUAGGCAGGAAGAUUGGAGAGAGGAUUUCCUUCAAAGAGGUAGACCAGAUGAUAUUGGUGCACGCUCUUGGGGAAAUAAGUUUCAUUAUGACGAUCGUGAGGAAAACAGUAAAAGAAGAAAAACUAGACAUGAAAGAGAGAGAGCUCCAGAGGGACGUUGGAGGGAACGAAAUCUUGGUGAACCCAAUAAUCAUGUUAUUCUACAAGGGUUGCCACUUGCAGCUACCGAAAAUGACAUUCAACAAACACUUGAUAACUUGCACGCUAGUAUUGAGAAUAUACGCUUAAUUAGGGAUCGCCGCACAGGAGAUUCACGCAGAUUUGCCUUUGUUAAAUUUACGAGCGUUGAGCAUGCAAGACAAUUCGUAGAAGCCAAUCACCCUUUUAUCAUGAUGGAGGAUAUUCGUGUUCGUGUUGAAUACAGUAAUAGCGCAUCCGCGGAGGAUGAAGGUUGGGCUUGCAAGAAUUGCGGUUUUCUCAAUUACAAAAAACGCGAAAGUUGCCAUCAAUGUCAUCAUUCGAAGAAAGAAUCCAUGGUGUCUGGUUCACUACAUCUGGCACCUACCAAUUCGUUCUUUAAUGAUGGAGAAAAUGAUUUAGGUCAAGUUCCACAUCAUAUCUUAUUAGUCCGUGGAUUAGAUCCUUUAACUACCGAAGAGACUCUUUAUGCUACUAUAAGUCAGUUGGCAGCUUUAAGGAGGGUUUUGUUGAUUAAAGAUCGAGCUUCUAGGAUGUCAUGGGGUUUUGCAUUUUUAGAUUAUCAUGAUAUUCAGACAUCUUCAUAUGCCUUGUCAAUUUUUAAUGAUCCUCAAUAUUAUCCAGGAGGAUUUGUAGUUGACUCACGAAUUGUUAGUAUAACGUUUGCUCACCCCGGAAGUUUUAUACCGGCUUAUGCUACUACUGAGUGGACUAUUUGGGGAGAUGAUGGAAUUGCCAUGUCGUAUUGGGAUCAAAAAGCAUAUGCAGUUGAAUAUGGCGGAUCACAACAUUCGGUCCAAAUUGAGCCCAAUGCAACUUCAUCGUCUACAAGUUCGGCUUCUGUAUACGAGGCUGAAAGUAAAAAUCGAAAAGAGAGCCUAGCAGAAGAGUCAAAAGAAUCAGUUGCUGUUCCUGAUACAAAAUUGAAUGUUGAAGAUGAAUUGAAUGCUUUCUAUUCAGACAUGGGCGCGGUUUUGACAUCUACCGGAAAAGCCGAAACUAAAUCUAUCUUUUCAGUUUCUGAUAUGGUUUCAACUUCAAAUAAUCAUAAUAAGUCAAAUUCUUCUCCAAAGAAAAAUCAGGAUUCUGAGCUUAGUGCAUUUUAUGCUGAUCUUGAAAUUGAACAAAAAGUUGACACAAAUCAAUCUACGAACAAAGAAAUGUUUACCAAUUCAACAACUCCUGAAAUUGAGUCUCAAGAAGUUGAAGGCCAACAAUUUUCUGAUGACAAAAAUAUGCUAUCUGCAGGGGAUGACAUGACUCACGAGCAGCCUUCAGGAAGCCAUUCUCCGCGGGAGACCAUAAAUCACGAACAGCAAGUAACUUCACAACAAAUCAAUCAAUUUAAUUCAAGUAUCUCAAGAGAUUCUUUAUCACCAGAAACUGGCCACGAUUCGGAAACAAUUGAAGAAAACGAAGUCUCACAUGAAGUUUCGAUAUCAAUGUCUAAGGAUCCUUUGAAAGGAGUUAAAGAAAAGAAAAAGAAGUUAAACAAGCCAAUUGGAAAGAAGAAGGUUCAUGAACAAUUGCAAAAAUGGAAUGAAAGGAAGGAAGAAUUACAUACAAAUCAGCCUGAAUUAAGUGAUGACGGUCUUUUCGAUUAUACGUUAAAUGCAUGCCUAUUAUGUCAACGACAAUUUGUAGAUUUUACUGAACUUCAGAAACAUGAGCAAAUGUCAGAUUUACAUAAGUCGAAUUUGGAGAAUGAACAUUUGGUACAAACUAUUCGUAUGAAACGAGCAUAUGGAUUACAAAAUGAUGAAAAAUCUCAGACAAAAUAUAAUAAUAGAGCUGCACAAAGAAGGAAAAUUUAUGGUCAGCCGAGGAGGCCCGUACAACCUGCUACGUCUGGUUCAUCUAAUUCAGUUGAAGAAACAUUUGAGCAACCCACAAAAUAUGGAAUUGGAGAAGAUAAUAUUGGAAACCGUUUAUUACAAAAUAUGGGAUGGAAGGCAGGAGAAGGUUUGGGUAAAAAUAAAAAUGGCAUAGUUGAUCCAAUCCAACCAGAGAUUUAUACAGCAGGAGUUGGACUUGGAGCUUCGCAAAGUCACAGCCUUUUAGAUGAUGGACAGAACACAUAUUAUGGAAUGGCAAAGAAACUUGCUAGAUCUCGAUUAGAAGAACCUUAAGUAAUUUAUAAGUGUUUGUAGUGAAUGCAUUAAUUAUUAACUGGCAUAAAUUGAUUUUAUAUAUAUUAUUUUAUUAUUUUUUUUUUUUCUCUCUUUUUUUUU